UUUCUUCACCCUACAUGGUGUACAUCUCGUACGACAAUCAAUCAAUAAAACGGUGCAAAAUAAAAGGCAGCACAAGCAAAAAAGCGCAUGAGCCGUCCAGCAAUUAUUUCUCGAGCGAUAUUUCAUCCGAAUUGGACAUUUCAACGUUUUACUCUGAUCUCCACCAUCUACACCAGUUCAUACUAAACGAGAAGAGGGGACAUGCACUUCACGGGGACGAUACGAUUGUGUAUCUGCACGGCGAAUGGGACCAUGACCUGUAUGUCCCUGGCAUGUGCAUCAGAAUCAUAGAGUGCAGGUGUUGCGGGAUCGGUGCGCCGGAUGAUGCGGGUGGUAAUGAGGGCAGCUCGGUGUAUGACAGAAAGAUCGCGUGCAACGGAUCAAGAAGAACGCGGGACAAACUGGGAAAGAAGGUCUUUGAUAUCACGAACACGAACAGGUAUCUGUUAUUGGUAGAGACACCAACGCUGCCGGUCACCAAUUUGGUAUCGGGAAUGGAAUGUCCGCUGCAACCGCUGUUUAACGAAAAGAUAGAAGGCCUGAAUUUCCUGUAUGAUGACAGGCGUAUAAUACUUGGAAAGCUGUUUCAUGUUAUGUUGCAGUGUGAGACCAGCAUUGAUACCCUGCUCAACGAGCAUUCGCUGGAAUUGUACUCAUCUAAUCUGACCGAGAGCGAAGCUAAAAAGUGCAUUCUUGACGAACUGCCCAAAAUCAUAGAUUUCCGCAAGAAGAUACACGGCAAGAAUGAGGAGUACAUCUAUUCGCCGCUUCUCCAGAUGAAAGGAAUCAUCGACAUCGUAGACAACGGAGUAGUGGAGAUCAAGACAGGGAAUUUUAAUACAAAGGAUGUAGCGCAGGUCCUGCUGUACUACUUGAUCAGCGGCAUCGAGCCGUUGUUUAUUUAUUACCUGAAGAGCGGGUCGUUCUUCAACGUUAAAAUCAAGCACUUUGAUGUUGUGAGUGUGCUUAACAGGAGAAAUGCUGUGGCAUUUGUUUACUUCAUGUGGAACAGCAUGCAAUGUAACACGAGUACCGGGAUGAACCAGGCGAGCAAGAAGACCCAUGAGAUGUCCACGAGCCAGACAAAGUGCGACUAUAUCGGGAAUGACAGCAUAGAAAUGAACGCAAUUGAUGAUAUUAGCGCUUCAGAUAGUGAUUUAAUAGGCUGCGAUGAUGCUAGGAACGAGGAUUGUGAUGAUGUUACACGUUUUCUGGAUGUACAAGAAUUUUUUACACUGAGAGACUUUUACACGGGCAUUCUGAGGCUGUGUAAAUGUAGGUUUAGCACGUCGUGCAGGAUCAUAGAAUCGAUUCUGAGAAUGAAGGGGGAGAAGGGGCUCUUUCUGAGAAGACUGAUGGAGAACAUAAUGACCGAGGAGGCACAUGAAAGAAAGCAGUGCAACAAACGUUUGAGCUGCAUGUUUGUAGGCCAAACAGAGAACAUCCUGGAGGUUAUACCUGUGACACAGAUGGACGAGCGUAACUGCUUUGAUACCGCUGAAAACGUCUUCUUGAACGUGUAUGACGGGCGAGUCCUGGUUACAACAGCAGAAAUCAUCAGCAACAAAAACACGCUGAAACUAAGAUUGAACCACUACUACAGCUUUAAGCUGAAGGACAUUCGCAUCGAGGAGAAGAAUAGCAAUUUAAUGCUGAAGAGCAUGUGGUACUCGCUGCUUUUCAUUGCGAUCAAAAGCCAUUUGCUGAGCGAGGAGGCCGUUGCUACUUUUAAGAAGCGAGAAAACGUGGUGAGUACAGAUAAAGACAUGGAACAGGGUGGAAAUGAGCUUGUAGCGAAAUUUCUGUGCUCGUCGGAUGAUAGUACAGCCGUAUCAGGGCAUGUAAAUGGCAUCAUCACUCCUUCUAGAGCUGCCAGCAGUUCGCUGGAUAAGAGUUUAAGCAUAGGAAGCAGCAUGGGCAUCCCACGCGUGUAUAUGGAUGAGUUCCUAAGUCUUAAUGAUGGACAAAAAAGUGCCCUGAACAGAUGUCUCACCACCAGUGAAUUCUGCACCAUACACGGCAUGCCAGGCACUGGAAAAUCAAAAGUUAUCGCUCUUUUGAUCAAAAUAUUACUAUUUUAUGGCAGAUCCGUUCUUAUGGUCUGCUACACGAACCUCAGCAUAUCUAAUGUUGUGAAAAGACUCAGCUACAGUUACUACCGGGCAGGAAGCAUAAAACAGCGAUCUGCCAGUUCAACAGACAAGGAAAAGAACGUGUUUAUCGACAGAACAGGACAUAAAAGUGUCAAAGAAUGGAGGGAGUACUAUGAUCAACCCUUCGUGGUCUCCACAUGCUACAACUUUAGGGAUCCCGUGUUCAAAGAGCGUACUUUCGACUACCUGAUCAUAGAUGAGGCAUCUCAGCAGCAUAUACUCCUCUCGCUCAUUCCAAUCUCCAUAUCGCGAAAAUUUGUGUUGGUCGGCGAUCCCCUGCAGCUGUACCCGCUCGCAAGAUCGUUCAGGGGCAUUUCGCUCUUAGAGUUUUUGGGAAUAACAUGCGUGCUGAACAGACAGUACAGAAUGAAACGGAACAUAAUGCGGAUAAGCAACGAAAUGUUUUAUGGCGGGCGGAUGGAGACAUGCAUGGGAGAUGAUGGUGAGCUUGAGCUUAUCGAUAUAAAUGGGCGUGUUAGUAGAGAACAUGGUGCAAGAAAUAGCUCAAAUAGAGAGGAGCACGCAGACCGAGCAGUUUGUUUCGACAGCGAUCUGUUCUCUGACUUCCUGAGGAAACUGAACGGUUUCUACGGCAAGGCUGUGUCUUUAAACGACAUUGAAAAGAUCGUACGGAUCAUCGAUGAGAAGUAUGAUGAGCACACAACGAUUCUGUGCUAUUUCAACGCAACUGUGGAGAUGGUGAAACAAAUGGAUAGUCGUUACAGGGUAAGCACGAUUGAUAAGUACCAGGGAUGUGAAUCAGACAGCAUCAUUCUGCUUAUGUACCCAUUCAUUGAUAACAUGAUAAUGAACAGCCGUGAGAGGUUAAAUGUUGCACUGACACGGGCCAAGAACAGGCUGAUCAUAAUAUGUGAGAAGAACAGAAUGAAGGAGAUAGAACUGUUCGAUACAUUGCAACAAACCAUCGCUGGAACAAAGAGAGAACACGGAACAGCAGGUAAAUAAGUACGAUCCCUGUAUCUGCACAUAAAUUAAAUUUGUUCGCUUCUUGA